UAAUGCCUGAUGAGUUUGGAGAUGGGCAAGGGAUCCGAGACCAUUCCUCCACACAGAAUCUAUCCAGAUCCUUCAAAUUUCGAGGUCCACGCUGGGGGACUCUCCUCUUAAGUUCAUUCCACAGGUGUGGGUAUGGGUAGGGGUUUCAAGUCAGGGGACUGGGAUGACCAUGGCAGGCAGACCUUGAUUUUGGGGUCAGUCAACACAUUUCAACACAUUUUUGUGUUGAUUUUGAUGUGGUUGAUUUUGAUGUGGUCAACACAUUUUUGUGCUGAUUUUGAUGAAUGUUUUGGAUCAUUAUCCUGCUGGAAGAUCCAACCACGGCCCAUUUUAAGCUUUCUAGCAGAGGCAGUCAGGUUUUCAUUUAAUAUCUGUUGAUAUUUGGUAGAGUCCAUGAUGCCAUGUAUCCUAACAAAAUGUCCAGGUCCUCUGGCAGAAAAACAGCCCCAAAACAUUAAAGAGCCUACCAUAUUUAACCAAGGGCAUGAGGCACUUUUCCAUAUGGCUACCUCUCUGUGUGCGCCAAAACCACCUCUGAUGUUUAUUGCCAAAAAGCUCUAUUUUGGUUUCAUCUGACCAUAGAACCCGAUCCCAUUUGAAGUUCCAGUAGUGUCUGACAAACUGAAGAUGCUUGAGUUUGUUUUUGGAUGAGAGGAGAGACUUUUUCCAUGAAACCCUUCCAAACAACUUGUGGUGAUGUAGGUGACUUCGGAUUGUAGUUCUGGAAAUUUUCUGACCCUAAGACGCAACUAACUUCUGCAAUUCUCCAGCUGUGAACCUUGGUGAUAUUUUGGCCACUCGAACCAUCCUCUUCACAGUGUGUUGAGACAAUAUAGACACACGUCCAAUUCCAGGUUGAUUUAUAACAUUUUCAGUUGACUGGAACUUCUUAAUUAUUGCCCUGAUGGUGUAAAUGGGCAUUUCAAUGCCUGUGCUAUUUUCUUAUAGCCACUUCCUGUUUUGUGAAGCUCAAAGACCUUUUGCUACACAUCACAGCUAUAUUCCUUGGUCUUACCCAUUGUUAUGAAUGAAAUUUGGCCUAUGUGUUACCUCAUAUGUAUAUCCCUGUGAAUCAGGAAGCCAUGGUUGAACAAUUCCCUGUUCCUAGUCACCCAAGCUUAGUUUUUAUCUUUUUCUUCUGGUUCUUCUGGAGACUGUACUUGCUUUGUGUUUCUGCAGGUAAAACCAAAGAGGCUUCAUUAUAUUUUAUCUGUCUAUCUUAAGUGUUCUAAUUGGUUAUUGGUCGUUAUCAUUGUUAGAACUAAAGCUAUGCCCUUGCAACAUGCUUGCUACAGAGGCAAGACAGCUGUGCUAUACAGUGUACAUGCGUCUUUGUGUGUGAGACUACAACAGGUACAAGAAUUCUAAACUUAUAAACUCCUCAUCAGGAAGUCUUGAUCCAAAUGUUACUCAGUUAAUUUAUAUCUGAACUUGUCUGUAAUACCUACAGACUUGCUGAUUGUUUUAAUGUUAGACCAUAGCAGUUCAUCUCUACAGACUCUGUGUUUUGCGAUUUUGCCAUGGAUAGAAGUUACUACAUUUCUAACUUAUAGCAAGAUGUUAAACAUAACUCAUACAUUCCUAUAUAUGUGUACUAAGUCUAAUAUGAUUGCAUGAUACACAACUGUUCUGAAAUCACAAAUGAUUCUUUCACUUCCUCACGUAGUACUGUAUAAAACCUGCAUAAAAGGGCAGGAGUUUCACUCCACCUCUCACACUAUCACAGAAUCAAGGGACACACACACUGCAGUCAUACAGAGCAUUACCCAACCAUUAUCAUCGCAACAGUAGGGAUGCUGUGUGAAAGUAGGUUGUGGCAUAUGAUUUUUUGUUCUGAUUUUGAGUGUGUGGAUCCUCCCACUAGCCACUCAGUCAAUGCUCCUAAAUCUCCUCCUCUGGCCAACAACCUGUCAGCACAAAUUGAAGUCCCAGUCCACUGCUCUCCCAGCAACUCUUCUCAAGAGCUCCAGUCCCCAGACUUUCAGUCUGUUUCUGUAGCACCCCUGGAUUGCCGAAAUCUGUCUCCAGGCGUCGGCAUCCCUGGUCGAGCACCAUCUCCAGGAACAGAGGCCUUCCUAGUGCCCUCCAGUUGCCACAGCAUUUGCCAGCAUUACAAUGAUCUAUACAUUGCUGGAGGCCAGGUGCUGCCUCUCAGUCCUGGUGUAGGCAAUCUAGAAGGCAAUUCCUCACAGGACCCCCACCCUGGGCCCUUCCUGCUUUCCAGAGAUGUUCCUCCUCCCUCCCUUCUUCCUCCUCUGCUCCCUGAAUACAGGAGUUCCAGACGCUGGAGAGAGGGCAGUGUGCGUGAACGUCUCUCUCUGCUGCAGGAUGGUCGUCCGCUUUCUAACUCAGAGCUGAAUGGCUACCUGGAACAGAAGCUGCUGGAGCUGUACACAGAGUACCUUACUGAGGGCCCUAUCAUGGCGUCUGAGCUAGAGCAGAUCACUCUACAGCUGAGCCGAGAGCACAAGCUGGAGACAGGGCAGGUCAAAGACAUGCUUCUCAGCUGCCUGCUGAGAGCCACCAGCAGCCAGCAGUCCAGUGAGUUCAGUACACCAGUGCUGCAGAUCUCCACCCAGACAAAGUGAAAAGGAUGGAGAGAACAUGGAAAAGGAGGAGUGGAAGAGAGGGAUAAAUUACAGCAAUGGGAAGUUAUAGAGCUAGAAUGAGAAGAAAAUGUGUGCACAUUUUUUCAAUUGUACAGUGAAAGUGUAUUAUAGACAAACAGGAAGUGUGAAAUUGAGUGUAUUUUAGUGGCAACUUAAAAAAAAGUUUGUGAUGUUAAAAACAGGAAAAAAUGAAGGAACUUGGACUCAAAAAGGACUCAAAAUACUAAUUAUACAAAAUGUGUCAUAGAUGAACACAUUUACUUGGUAAGUCAAGAAGGAAAUGCAAGACAAUAGCCCUCUAAUUUCAAUCAUAACCAUAUAUGAAAAUAAUUUAGUUCCAUCAUUUUGUUGAGCCUGCAAUGGACUGGAAUGCAAUUCGGGGUGUAUUCCUGUGUGCUGUCCAGUGAUCCCAGGAUUGGAUCCCUCACAAUCCUGUCAAGCAUAAACUGAUUACUGAAGAGGAAUUAAUGAAUUUUGCUGAACAUGUUGUAGACUUUUUAAUGCUUUAAGCCACUCUGAUCUCCAAAUUGGCCUAGCAGGAACAUAUCUGUAUGUGACCAUGUCAGUUAUCCACCUGCAGUUCUGACCCUGUUUUCACCUACUACUGUGUUUGGAUUAAAAUGCUUUUGAAUUAAAAUGACUUUUUUAUGACUAAAACCCAACACUGAUUUCAUCUACAAGAUUAAUUCAGUAUUUUACUAACAAAAUAUUCUAAUUCACAUUCUAAUAUAUAUUUAUACUACUUGCAGACAGUAUAGAGCAGUGGUUCUCAACCAGGGGCCCCCCUGGGGGGCACAUAGAGAUUGGAAUGGGGGCGCAAAUUAUUUUCAAGAAAAAAACACAGACAGGGCAUCAUUUGUGUACUUUGUGUAUUUUAUUGCUUUUCAAAUAGAAUGUGCAUAAAUGAAAAACCCGGCAUUCCCUCUCCUUCUGUAUUUUCUUUUUGCUGGGGAGAAGCGGAGCUUAGCCUGCCUUUUAUGCAGACCAGUGUUGCCAACUUAGCGACUUUUCCGACCCCUUUAGCGACCUUUUUUUGCAAAAAUAAAAAAGCGCCUAGCGACAAAUCUAGCGACUUUUUGGACAAACCUUAGCAACUUUCCAA